AUGUUCCGGAACACCCCCCUGCUGCACACAUUGGAUCUCAGAGAGAACAUCCUCAAGACCCUCCCUGGAGAUGCGUUUGCCGGGAUGCGGGGCUUGCGCUACCUGCGCCUGUCCCACAACCAGCUGGCCUCACUGCCAGCUGAUGUCUUCAAGGAGACGACUGGCUUGCUGACUCUGGAGAUGUCAAACAACUUCCUCGAGGACUUGCCAGAGCAGCUGCUGGCCAACUGCCCUGAGCUGUCGAUUCUAUUUUUGGGCCACAACCAGCUCAAGAGACUGCCUGGGCGACUCUUCGUCAACAACACUGAUCUCUGGUGUGUCUGGCUAGAAGACAACAAUCUCUCGAGGUAUCGUUGGAGGCCCCACGUCGCAGGCACCAUAGUGGCAGCUCUGGUUCUGAUAUCCAGUGUCCAGUUUUGUGGCACUUCUGACUCCACGGAGUGUCCCUGUAAGAUCUUCAGAUGGGGGACAGUGUGCAACAGCACCUCUCAGACACCUUCGUGCCUCUUCAAGAAGGACCAGGUGCUGAUACUGGAACUCCCAACCAUGACCCAACUGAUCGGCCCCGUGUUGGCCAACAUGCCGAGUGUCCGCCGACUCCGCAUUGUGUCCAAUUCUCUCACGGCAAUCAGGUCGUCUGCCUUCACCAGCGACCCACUGUCGGAAAUUGACCAGCUCACACUGGACGUGCCAAACGUGACGACCUUGGAGCCCAGAGUAUUCCGACAGCUGCCCAGACUAAGGCGGCUGCGUAUAUUGAGUGCCAUCCAGAGCCUGGACGAGAAAGAGUUCGAACUGUGCCCAGACCUCAGAGAAGUGCUCUUCCACGGCAAGCUCCAGAAGAUACACCAUGGAACGUUCAGGCACAACAAGGUGCUUUCCUACCUCGAUCUCUUCGGCAACAACUUGACCACCUUACCAGAUGAUCUAAUCGCUGGCAACCCACGGUUGGAAACCUUGUCACUCACUGAGAAUGGCAUACGUACCAUCUCUGCUGGGGCGUUCAGAAACGCUUCGAACCUCCAGCAGCUAAUUCUGUCCCGGAACAACUUGCGGACUCUAGAGGAGGGAGUGUUGGACGAUGCGAAGGUGCUCACUUAUUUUCACGCUUCAGCGAACACAAUCACGUCUCUGCCCCCGACAAUUUUUGCCAAAACAAUGUUGCUGAUAGAAAUCCAUCUACAUUUGAACAACCUGACGACUCUACCAAAGGACAUAUUUGCACAUACCACCAAUCUCAAGGAGCUGAGACUGGGCGACAACCAGCUGAAGUUCCUGGAGCCAGAACUGUUCCGCCACAACCAGCGGUUAACCACGCUGGAGCUGAGUGGGAACGCCCUCGAGAGCCUCCCUGGAGAGGUGUUCUCUGGCCUGGAGAGCCUGCAGUACCUCUACCUGGCCGACAACCGGCUGGCCACAGUGCCCGCUGAGGUCUCCAAGCCGAUCGCUGGCCGGCUGCAGUUGUUCUUGUCGGGGAACCUCCUCCAGGAGCUGCCUGAAGAUGCGCUGACAGCCUGCUCCCAGCUGGAGUCCUUCUUCGUGUACAACAACCAGCUCAAGAGUCUGCCUGGGCGACUAUUCACCAACAACAGCAACCUCUCGACUGUCUCUCUCGAAGACAACAACCUUAGGAGCCUGUCAGUCGAGCUGUUUGCUGGGACACCAUCGCUGAAACAGAUGUGGGUGGGACAUAACCCUUGGGACUGCACCAGCUGCGAAGUUGCUGCGAUGUCUGCGUGGCUGACAUCACACAACAUCGACAUCGGUGAUGUUGGACCGCAGUGCUCGGGGCCUGGCCCACAGGCUGGCAGAGAUAUCCGUCAGGUGACAGCAACUCACUGUCUCAAGGGCAGUGGCCAGUUUCAUCGAAGGCGUCACGCCCCAGACAUCAUAGUGGCAGCUAUCCUGAUAUGUAGUGUUGAGGUUCAUGGCACUUCCAAUAUGACCGACUGUCCAUGUGAGGUCUCCACAUCUGUGACAUCUUGCCAUAAUGCCUCUUUGGCACCCCCAUGCCUCCUCUCCAAAACCGUCAUCUUCCUGAUACUUGAACUUCCAACCAUCACUCAACUGACUGCUCCCUUGCUGGCCAAUGUGCCAAGUUUGCACAGCCUCCACAUUAAAUCCUCCUCCAUGACGACCGUCAGAUCACUCGCCUUCGCCAACAACCCACUACUGGAAGAACUCAAAAUGGAGGUACCGAACUUGACCAUCUUGGAGCCUGGCGUCUUCCAGUCGCUGUCCAAACUCAAGCACCUACGGUUGGACUGUGCGAUCCAGAGGUUGGAUGAGGAUCAGUUCGUCCUGUGCCCAGACUUGAGGCAAGUGAGCAUUCACGCCAGGAUCCAGGAGAUACAGCCUGGAACGUUCAGACACAACAAGGCACUCAGCUUCCUGCGGCUCGUCAACAACCACCUGACACAGUUGCCAGAUGGUCUGCUCGCCGGCAACCCACAAGUGGAUUACGUGGACCUCACUCACAAUGGCAUACAGACCAUCUCUGCUGGAGCGUUCAGGAACGCUUCGAGCCUGCAACAGCUAUUUCUGUCUAGAAAUCAUCUGAAAACCCUAGAGGAGGGGACACUGGACGAUGCAGACCUGCUCAUCGUUUUCCACGCUUCAGAGAACGAAAUCACAUACCUGCCCCCAUCAAUCUUCGCCAAAACUGUGUCGUUGAUAGAAAUCCAUUUAGAUUCGAACAGCCUGAUGUCUCUUCCAAAGGACAUAUUUGCAGCUACCACCAGUCUCAAGGUAAUAUCCCAUAAUUUUAUAUUCUACUUCUAG